UGCAUCCGGAGGCGGCGGGGCCGGGAGCGGCCUGUCCGCAGGCCCGGGGUCGCAAGCGCGGCGCUGGCGACCGCACAGGGACGGGAAGGCCACGGCUUCCCCUUUAGAGCAGGACCCGCCGGCCCUGAGCUCGCCUCAAGGCCAAGGCCUGGAGAGCCGGCGCCGCCCCCGGGGCGACAAGCCCGAGGGCCCCCCCUGUGGGGCCGGCGGGGCCGCGACGGCGAAAACGGGGCGGCCGUCCCUUUAAGAUGAGGCCUCAAGUUGUCCAGCCCCCGGCCCCUUUAAGGCGACCCGACUGUGUCCGGCCGGCCUGGUGCGGUAGCCGCCCCCUGCCAGGGGUCGAGGCAAGUCUCCCCGAGGAAGAGGAAGGGCCACCCCUUUAAAAGGGGCCGAAAGCUCGACCCGAAACGCAAACCUCCCCUUUAAAAGUGUCUCAAGUCCUCCGGUUAAAAGAGGCCACCCCUUUAAGGAGUCCAGAAUCCUUCAAACAGCAAGCCGUUCCUUUAAGGGUUCGCGAGUUAAGUUUCUAGUCCUCCACAAGCAGCCACUUCCCCUUUAAGCUGAAUUUAAAGGACUUGUAGCGUGGGCGGGGAGAAGAGGUGGGAAAUCCCACUCGCUCCAGUUCGCCCAACAGCCCAGUUCUCAAUUUGUCAGCUUCAGUACGACGGCUUCCCCUUUAAGGCUGGCGUCAAAGUCGGCCGAGUACGACGACUACCCCUUUAAGAAGAUUUAAAGGGGCUUCCUCCAAGCCCAGCUACAGCAGCCUCCGCCUCCGGUCGCCAUGAAAGGCGCGGAAGGGGGGCGGGGCUGCGGGGGCCAGCCCUCCAAAGCCCCGGAUGUGAGGCAACGGUGACGGGUAAAGCUUCUCUGUCCGCCGACAUAAAAGUCUCUUCCUGCUUUUCCCGUCUGUCUGACUUGUGCCUUAAGGGAUCCGGAACGGCCGUUGGGCACCGAAAGAACGCCAGCGCACCCUCCCGUCGUCUCCUUUGGAGUCUUGGGCCUCUUCUCCGCCUGGACUCUCUUGCCCCUCCUCCCUCUUCCUCCUCGGCCUACGCCUCCUUCCUUUCGCUGCCUCCGCCUACCCUCCGCCCCCUUCCCCCGGGCCGCUGCAGGCUCAGUCGUUGAUAGGGUAGGAAGCACUACACGUCAAAGUGAAGGGCGGGGUCAAACCCUGAGGAGGGG